UGUAAAAGCCGUGAAUGAGGCGUUUGAUGAAACCUGGAAGUCGCAUUGUGAACGCGAAACGCGCCUACGCUGCGCGUCAAUGUCGCGUCGCACUUACAGGGCCCCCUUGGCGCUCGCAUCCCUGCAUCAACGCCAAAGAUGCUCCCGAGGUCCUGCAAUUAACUCGGCAGGUGCUCAGCCUGCCAGACUCAACAGAGCCAAUGCACCGUCAGAUGGAACUGCUAUCUCAAGCCCGCGAUAAUUAAUACAGCCAUGGCAAGGACGCGCUCAAAGGGCGCCGCAGGAACGGCCGGUGCCAGCGCCGACAAGAAGGUCGCCAAACCGGCCGUCUCGGUCUACACUCUCUCCGCCGAGUCGGACAACCCACCGAAACUCUUCAGCCUCCCGCGAACCGCCUCCCCAUCAGCGCGCAUCGCCACCCUCCAGCACCCGCGCUACAGCAGACCAACCCGCUACCUGGUCUGCCCCAAAGCCGGCUUUUUCGAGUUCACGCAGAUCUGCCCGCCCAAAUCCGCCCCGCGAAGCUGGCUCAUCCAGCCUGCCAGCACUACCCCGAACACUAACAAUAACAACGACCAACCACCCAUCGACACGCAAAUAACCCAGUCCCCCGCGCUGCACGUCGCGACGCCCUUCGACCCGCUCUUCCUCCUCCUCCCCGCGCUACUAUGCACCGCCAGCCCUCCAACGAAGAGGAUGUUCCUCUCAGCAGACGACCACCUCGACACGCUACCAGACCCGUCCCGCCACCUUGGCGAGCUGCUCGCGUCAUGCCCCGCCACGCGCGCGCUGGUCGAGACGCGCCUCGCGGCCGUGUGUGACGUCGUCCAGGCCGGGGACGAGAAUAUGUACCGCGUCAGCGAGGCGAAGCUGCUGGCUGAGAUGCUUCGCAAGGCGAGGAGGAUGGCUGAGCACGGGGAGGGGACUGGGGGAGGGUUACCGCCUAGUAUGGAGGAGCGGUUCGUGCGUCGGGAGCUGGAGGCGCCUGUCUUGGGCGUCAGGGUGGCUAGGGGGAGGGACGGGAAUGUAGCGGCGGCUCCGGCUGCGGCGGGGGAGGGAACUGGCGGUGGGAGUGGGAGCAGUACGCCUGGGGAAGAGAGCGCCGAGACUCAGUCGAGUGUCUCGUCUGUGGAGACAACGGCGAGUUCGGCCUCGGCGGUGUCGGCGGUCUCAACGGCUGCUACGUCCGUUGCGGAUGACGAUGGUGUGGGGGCAGGGGAGGUUGCCAGUGCCAUGAAAGCAUCCGAGGAGGUGGUCAAGCUGCAGCGACUGAGGGUCGCCUUCAACUUCAUCUGCUCGAGCUAUGUGGCGCCGGCGAUAGCGCAGAUGCUACAGGAGAACCUUGCUAAGGCGACUGACCAAGUCGACUUCAAGCCGCUUGAUGAGUACCUUGCGCGGUUGGCGAAGCUGCGCCAGGAGGCCACGGCGGCAAGGUCCGGCGAGUUCUCGCGCAAGAGGGCGGUGGAUGAGGAGGAAGACGACCGGGCGGAGAAGCGGAGGAAGAAGGAGGCUGAAGAAAAGGCAAAGAAAGCAAGCAUGAGCCGGGGCGUCAAGGAACUGAUGAAGGUCAACACGUCUGGCAUGAAGAAGAUGAGCGAUUUCUUCAAAAAGAAGACGUAGCUUCUUUGGGUAUCUCAUUUAUCUUAGGCCUGUAUCAUCCUGCAAUAUAAGCAGAGCGGUAGUGUAGUCGGUCUGGG